UGGCUGUGGGCCGUGUUAAGGUUAUGGGUGCCUUGAGCUCGAAUUAUUACAUUUACUAUGUAUGAGCAUAACUUCAGUGUGGUCGAAGGCGGUGGUGCUGAAAGUACAUGCUAGAAAUGACGCAAUUUGUGCCAUUUUGUCAGUAGUAUUGACUAUGGGGCGAGCUAAACAUUGACGCAAUCUGACAGCGAUUGGAAAGCAAAACAUGACUCCUUGUGCAAAUGACAAUUGGGUUAGAAGAUUUACUGUGUCAGACCCCAGAAAGCAUAACAAUGGGUUCACCAUUUAUAAAGUAACUUCUAUUGUAUUUCCGAAAGGUUCACCUGAGGCUUCUACCAAGGUAAUAGUGUGGAAAAGAUACAAUGAUUUCAAGAAGUUGCACACUGAACUUCAUCAAAAACAUAAGAAAUUAUAUCUCCAGGGCAAAUUUCCUGCUUUUGCAGAAGCAAAAUUCUUCAGAAGAUUUGAAGAAGAAGUCAUUGAAGAAAGACGAAAAUGUGCUACUGUACUUCUGGAAUUUAUUGGUGCUCAUCCACCAUUAUUCACCAGUAAUGCAUUUGUCAAAUUCUUUGAG